AUGGAGCCAUCGGAGAAGAAUUCGAUUGGCGUCAUAAAUGUCAUACCCGCGGAUUUAACCGAGGAUGCUUACCUCGAGAAGCUGGGGUACCAACAAGAAUUGAAGCGCUCAUUUAGCUUAUUGGGCAUGAUUGGAUUCAGCUUCAGCAUAGUCACUAGCUGGACUGCUCUUGCAGGCGUCCUAAUUGCCGGAAUCUCUGCUGGUGGACCUCCAGUCAUGAUUUAUUCAUGGAUUGCAAUUUCAAUCUUGACGCUUGCAGUUGCAUACUCGAUGGCGGAAAUAUGCUCUUCAUAUCCGGUUGCUGGUGGCCAAUAUUCCUGGGUUUAUAUACUGGCCCCACCCAAAAUUGCAAGAGGUGCUAGCUGGGUGACGGGCUGGCUCAUGAUUACGGGCAUCCUUGCAAUGGGCGCAACGAAUAACUUCGUCUGUUCGAACUUCAUUCUAGGUCAAGUAAACCUGACACACCCGGAUUUCGUCAUCGAGCGUUGGCAUAUUGUAUUAGUUUCUUAUGCCGUCGCUUUCUUUGCCGCAUUUGUAAAUAUCUGGGGACCACAUCUCCUGGAAAAGAUAAGCAAAGCAAGUGAUAGUGCUGCAAUCAUUUGGAACAUUACAUCAUUCUUCAUAGUUGUCAUUGUUGUUCUUGCGACCAACUCGAAUAAACAACCAGCGAGUUUCGUCUUCAAGGAGUUUCAAAAUUUCACGGGUUUCGGACCCGCCAUGGCUGCUAUACUUGGGAUCUUGCAAAGUGCCUUCGGGAUGUGUUGUUACGACGCUCCUGCUCAUAUGACAGAAGAGAUGAAGAACGCUUCGAGAGAAGCCCCCAAGGCAAUCAUUAUGUCCGUAUACAUUGGCGCUGUAACGGGCUUUAUCUUCCUCAUUUCUAUAUGCUUCUGCAUCGGUAAUAUUGAUGCAACGGCAUCCACACCGACCGGCGUACCCCUCAUCCAGAUAUUCUUCGAUUCUACCCAAUCAACGGUUGGCUCUUGCUUCCUUGCAACUCUCAUCACUAUAAUUGGUCUGUUUUGUGCGGCUGCUCUACAGGCUGAGGGCUCGCGAAGCCUGUACGCAUUCGCUCGCGACCAUGGGCUGCCUUUCUCCCCCUUCUGGAGCAAAGUGGAUCCUAAGAGUAAGAUCCCGUUCAACGCCCUUUUGCUCGCCGUGGCCGUCCAGCUCGCACUUUGCGCGAUCGAUUUUGGAACUACGACUGGAUUCAACACUGUCAUUGCGAUCGGCACGGAAGGCUUUUACCUGUCGUACGCCGCGCCUUUAGGCGCUCGUGCCUUGAGCAAGCUUACCGGCCAUCAUCGACGUCUAGAAGGCGCCUAUACGUUGGGGAAAUUUUCCCUUCUGCUUAACGUCAUAGGCCUUCUGUUCCUCCUGUUCGCUUCUAUUACGUUCAACUUCCCCCAAGUCAAUCCUGUCACGAAGGACAACAUGAAUUACACAUCUGCGGCGCUUGGAGCUAUUGGCGCUAUCAGUCUCUUGACAUGGAUAACUACGGGCAGGAAGAAGUUCACCGGUCCAGCUCUUGGUAAUGCCGUUUGUGACGAGAGCGGGCCCAGCGAGUCAGUAGAAAAGGUGUCAAAUAAUUCAGACGUGGAUCCAGACGUUCGAUAAUCGUUUAUAUUGUGUUGGUCCUCGUAAUGUCGUUAUUUUUAUCAUUGACUUGCUUUAAAUGGAACGAUUUUAAACUCGGCAAAGUAUUUCACCAUGGAUCACUGCAAACCAACCAUCCUCCUGCUGACCCCACUUCCUCAUUGCUUCAGAGUAUUUAUUGAGUUCUUCUUCGGUACCCAACCCCGUCUCUAGUGCAUGCGUCUUGAAGGGAGGGUUUAUCAUACGAUCCGCAUACAUGUUAGCCCACCAAGUCCUUUCGACAGGUCCACUGCAACAAUAGGUACCCGACGUCGAGGUAAUCUGAUCGCGUGUGAAUCCAGCUUUCAAAGCCCAAGAAAGAAGUCGACGGCCCGCACGCGGUUGGUUGCCCUUCGCUUCCGCAACGCGCAAAUAAAGGUCCAACCACUUCUGUAUUGUUUCGUCUGGAUCGGGGUAAUAAAUCAUACUUCCUACCUCGCCUUCUUUAACAGCGACUGUUCCUCCUGGUUUCGUCACCCGGCGCAUCUCGCGUAACGCCUGGACUGGAUCCGGGAUGUGUUGGAGUACCUGGUGGACGUGUACGAUAUCAAACGUGUUGUCAGGGAAAUCUAGUGCGUGGACGUCUCCGACUUUAAACUCGAUAUUCGUAAUUCCUCGCUCAGAGGCCAUUGCACGAGCUUUUUCUAAAACGUCAGGCACUGGCUCGAUACCGAUGACAUGACCUUGCGGAGCGAGAUCAGCGAGAUCAGCCGAAAUAGUUCCAGGUCCGCAUCCAACAUCGAGAAUACGAGAGUCUGGUUUGAUCAAGCCUGACUUUACUAGGUAUCCAGAUGAAUUCUCAGCGGUGCGGACGGAGUGGAUGCGUAGAACCGUCUCGGAAUGGUCAGCGAUAUAUGUUGAAGGCUUUUGGGACAUCUUGUUGAAUAGUUG